UUUCCAUUACUACUGUUGUCUUUUAUUUAUUAUACAUAUAUAGUGUUGCAUAAAUGGCUUCAAGCUCAGCUUGGACAACAAAGCAGAACAAAAAAUUUGAGAAUGCUUUGGCCAUCUACGACAAGGACACCCCAGAUCGGUGGCAGAACCUGGCCAGGGCGGUCGGAGAGAAGACGGUGGAGGAAGUGAAAAGGCAUUAUGAGAUGCUCGUGGAAGAUUUGAAGCAGAUUGAGGAAGGUCAUGUUCCCUUGCCCAAUUACAGAAAUGUUCCAACAAUAGGAGGUAGCAUCAAAGGUUACAGUUACAUGGAUGAAGAAAAAAGGAUGAAGUUUCUGAGCCUCAAGUGAAGUAGGGCAGCAUCGGAGCCAGGGUGGGAACAAAAAGAGACAUGUUAGUAUAGUACCAAUCAUGUUAAUUAAGUGAAGACCAAAAUGCAUGCACCAAACGCGUGGUCC